ACGCAUCAGAUACAUAACUUGUGGAAUCAUUAUUCUCCUACGGGCUCUUAGGCAACUUGAGUGUAGGCAACGGACUUACCAAUGUCUGAGGUACUCCUUCACGGUAAGCGGAUUGUUAAUGGCUCCGUGAGUUUGUUACGGACAACUCGCUUUCAAACUCCUAGCUACGCUACUUUUCCACAUUCCAGUUCCUCUUCGACUUUUGAAAAUGAUGAAAAUGAGAUUCGUGACCUUCACCCCGUUCAUUAUUGCUUCACUGGUCAUGGAUAUCUCUGGUGUUAAGUUACCCAGUAACUGCAUCCCUAGAAGUAUUGAAAGCUGCACCGAGUAUCAUUAUAAUGGCUUAGAUCGGUACAAAUGUGUUGUGCCUACUCGCGACCAUACGCACUCGAGAGAUGGAAAUGGAUUACAACCAGUGGCAGCCUUUCAGUUUGGCCGCAACUGUUCAAUAAUGAUUGCUGAUCUGACUUUGGGUCAUCGGGGAGCAUGCGACAUCAGGGUUUCACAAAGUCGGCAAGACGAUGUAGCUGCAGAAGAGAGGGUAUUGUAUAAUAUACCUCUUGAUAGAAGCCAACAGAAGAUUGUCAGUUCUCGAGUCCUUGAUAUUUCACUACAUCCAGGCACAGUUCUGAAGAUCGAAGUGUUCUCCGCUCCACCUGCGAGGUCCUGUCACCUAGAGAGGAUUGGUCGAGGCAAAUCCUCUGUCAGCUUCGUACUUGAAGAUGUGAACGAAUGCAGUUCUUCGCCUUGCAAUGCGUGUGUCAAUACGUUCGGAUCGUACUCGUGUCAACCUAAUUUCAACACAUUCCCCAAAUGGAAUCUCACUACACUACCUCCCGUAUCGUCCGCCUCUCGGGAAUGGUUCAUCUCCUCUUCACAACACGCAGAAGGUACGAAGCCUACUUCUGGAGCAGCGGACAGGCACGACUCCGUGGCCAUCGCCUUGUCCGUUGGCUUUGGCCUCAUUCUGCUAAUCUUCAUCAGCCACAGAGUGAUUAGGUAUGGUAUGUGCCGUUGCAGGCAUCCUCUACUCGACCGACUGUCCAAGCGGAUGCGAGCUCGUUCCGCCAAACAACAGAACCCACCACCUGCCUCCAGUAUCCCAUUGGCAGAGCAGGCGGCUGGAGACCACCUCACUGAUGGUCAGUGCUGGGGAGAGCGUCCUGCGUAUGAUAGACUAACGCGAAUCAAUGCGAUACACAGUGGACUAGAGACACUUUCUCGCACAGUGCUAAGUACAAGAAAAGCGUCACCAUCGUCAUGCAAUAUACUGGUACCAUUGACAGGUGCAGGAGACUCCCAUCAAGUGCCAACACGACCACUGAACUCGCAGCAUUCACGAGACUACUCUAAGAGAUACAGUGAAAUCAAGGAUGUUGUUUGAAUAGAUCAGAAUAAUUACGAGGAUAUUGACGAGGCCUAUAGUAUUGAGCAAUUAUCAAUCGGAGACGCAACUUCCCAUGCGUGCAACACCUCUACAGCCAAGCCUCAACUACCGGAUGAGUAUGCCAAUGCGCAGCUGGUCUCACGCCAAGCCUACAACCCACCCUGUGUGUCAUCUGAUCGCCCUCUCAGUUACUUGAGACCUUCUGAUGUGUAAACGGCAAUCCAUCCUUGUAUCGGAAUGCCUAUCUAAACAUUGAGAACACGCUUGGCUGAAUUCAACCAGCCCAAUAAUUUAAAAGACUUUUAAAAACACAUCACCGAUAAUUCAGAUCAUCAACAAUGAUACCCAAACUCUUCAUUUUGUCUCAUUCAUUCGU